GCACGCGUCUCCAAAUGUAAAUAUAGAACGGCUUCUGCGUCGCUUCGGCUCAGUAAACCAUCGACCACCACUGAAAUUACUGAAAACACAAGGCGAUUCGGGGGCCUGUUCAAAUUUACAGUGAGUGAGACUUGUAUAUGUUUUUGAGGUGCCCCAUCGGAAAUUUUUUGAGACUUGUGGGAUUUGUGCUUCUUCAUCGGUCUUUGGUGAUACUGAGCAAGACAUUAUCUACUUGGUCAGCGUAGAGUCGCAGGUUGGAACAUGCCAAGGGCUUUGCUCUGCGGCAAUCGUCGCUUCAACGAAAAUUUUGAACGCACAGGUUUGAGUCCGGAACAUUCCGUCAGUGUGGCGGAGACGAGUGACAACCAAAUGUCGGAUAACAGCUCAGAAUGUCCAGAUGAGUUGUACAACCUGACCAAACUGGCAGAGGUGGCUGUGGCCACCGGUCAAAUUUUGGAACAACGUAGACUCUCUACUCCUUCCAGUACCACCAGUGACGACCAUGUGUCGUUCAAUUAUACCCACAAGCUGUUCGACAAGUCGUCCAGAACUCCACGUCCACAUUUAUUAAAGACUGAAGAAAUAACCAAGCCAACGUUGACCAAGGUCCACUGUCACACAGUUUCCAUCCCACACAGUACCACCGGCGACGUUUCGGCUUCCGUUUCAUCAUCGGAGAGCAGCAGCGGCGACCACGAGUGCGGCGAGUGCGGCAAACGUUACAGCACGUCCAGCAACUUGGCCCGCCACCGUCAAACGCACAGAAGUCCGGCAGACAAAAAGGCCCGACGCUGUCCACACUGCGACAAGCUGUAUGUCAGCAUGCCGGCCUAUUCUAUGCACGUGCGGACCCACAAUCAGGGCUGCAAGUGCCAUUAUUGCGGCAAGUGUUUCAGCCGUCCGUGGCUUCUGCAAGGACACAUCAGGACUCACACAGGGGAAAAACCCUUCAAGUGUUCGAUCUGCAACAAAGCUUUCGCCGACAAGUCCAACUUGCGUGCUCACAUCCAGACUCACUCGAACACCAAGCCACACAUCUGCGGAAGAUGCGGCAAAGCUUUCGCCCUCAAAUCAUACCUGUACAAGCACGAGGAGUCUUCGUGUAUGAGGAUGAACUGUCGUCACUCGUCAAGGGAGGCAACGCCGGAUAAAAUUGCCUCACCCACCCCUGUCAUUGUGUCGGUGGGUGGAGGCGCUGGUAGACUGGGGGAGUCGGUGAUUAAAGGACCGGAAUCGGUAGUAAGAUCUCCGAUGUUGUACAGAUCCACCGUUAUAUCGCCGAACCCUGAAAGAAUUCUGUAUUCGACGAUUAAACACCCAUCGGUGAUUUUUAACGCAGCUGCGAGAUUCGCAGACAACUUCAACCAAAUAUUACAAGACCAACCGAUGGACUUCUCCACGUCUCAGACCAACAGAGACAGAGAAUCUUAUUCGAAAAAUUCCGAUAGAUACUCCCUCGGUUUGGCAAUCGCCGUCUAAAAACCUAAAGCCCAAAGUAAUUCGAAGGGACCAUUUUAAUUCCACUUAUAACAUUAUUAUUCAGAUCUAUUAUACAUCCCAAGAAACACUAACCGAAAUUUUUUAAAAUGUUGAUGAAUGGUUUUUUAUUAGUGGUGUUUUUUAUUUGUUUGCAUGUUUUAUCGGUGUUCUCGUGCCUUAUAGGAUAAUCUGUGAAUUCACGUGCCAUAUUUAAAUGUAUAUAAGAGUUUAGAGGUAGAGGAGCUGUUUCGAAUUGGUGCUCAUUUAUUAUUCGUAAUUUGUCCUUUGCGUGGCAGCUAAAUAGAUAUAGAAAAAUUGUAUAUACAAAAGUAUGUAUCGUGCUUUGUGGUAAUCUCAUAGAUAUUAGAUGUCACACACAGCAUUACUUCGGUUUUUUUAUAUUUUUGUAUUAUUAUUACAAAAACCGAAUGGAUGCUUCGUGCCAUAUAAAAAUAGUCAUUGCAAUACACAGUAUAGAAUGGCUAUGACAAUAUACUAGUACUAUUAGCCGAUAAUCCACUUUUUUUAUUUUAUUUUAUUUAUAACAUUUUCACAAAUCAUCACGAAAAUUACGCAUAAUGAUUUUUGUGAUUUUUUGUACACAAAUGGGGAGUGCUACUAGUCCUUUGAACGUGACCAACAAAAUGACUAAAAGUUAUCGUUGGUCACGUAGUCAUUUAAAAUUUAAGUUAUUUAUUUUCGUAUUGUUUUCAUGUUUUAACUAACACAAACAGUUUAAGUUUAGUUUUUAGUUUUGUAUCGGCUAAUGAUAUAAAAUUUCCUAGUCAUUAUUAUUUAAGUUACUUACAAUUAAUUAUAUUAAAUUUGUUAAAUUUUUGUUGAGAUAGUUUCUAGCAAAAUUUUUGUAUUUGGGUCGGAUGUUGCAAUAUUAGUUAUUAAUUAAUUAAGUUUAAUUUUACGUAUUACUAGUUGGUUAAAAUUGUACCAAUAAUUAUUAACUGUUAUAUGUCAAGUCUUCGUUAAUUGUAGUUUACAUUCAUUCCCAGGAAUAGUUGAAUUCACGGUCUCAUUCCCGUACUAGAGUAUGUUUGUCUGAAUUUUUGAAAUUGUAAUUUGAAAACGAAUCCUUUUUGUAGAUUUAUGUACUUUUAUACAAUACAUGUUUCGUAAUAA